AUGCCUCCCAAAGACGCAGCCAAGGAUGCAGGCGGUCCGAUCCAGCUGGAGAACACGGCAAAACGUGAUUUCCUUCAAAAGCUCGAAAAGGAAUCCCAAGAGUUUUGGGCGCAGCAGAACGUCUUCGAUGUCAACGCUCCCACUCAGGAUGACGGUCUCGUCGAUAUGACCCCAGACGAGGUGCGCGCAAAGUACCCAAAAUGGUUCGGCACCUUCCCAUACGCCUACAUGAACGGUUCCCUCCAUCUCGGACACGCGUUCUCCUUAUCCAAGGUCGAGUUUGCUGCCGGUUACGAACGCAUGCAGGGCAAGCGCGCUCUCUUCCCAUGGGCCUUCCACUGCACCGGUAUGCCCAUCCGUGCCGCUGCCGACAAGCUGGUUCGCGAGAUCGAGCUGUUUGGCGAAGACUUUUCUGGAUACAAGGACCCCGCAGACGAGGCCGAGGAGGAGGCAGCACCGCAACCACCAGCGCCCACCGAAAACACCUCGAGCGCUACCAAGACCAACGCCGCCAAGGCCACCAAGGGCAAGCUCGCUGGUAAGGACACCGGUCUCAAGUACCAGUUCCAGAUCAUGCUCAACUCUGGUGUGCCCAAGGACGAGAUCAAGAAGUUUGCCGAUGCCAACUACUGGCUCAGCUACUUCCCUCCCAUCGCCAAGGCUGACUGCACCGCUUUUGGCUCCAGAAUCGACUGGCGACGUGCCUUCAUCACCACAGACGCCAAUCCGUACUAUGACAGCUUUGUCCGUUGGCAGAUGAACAAGCUCCGCGCCAUGAACAAGAUCAAGUUCGGCGAACGUUACACCAUCUACUCGCCCAAGGACGGCCAGCCAUGCAUGGAUCACGACCGAUCCGACGGCGAGGGUCUCGGUCCUCAGGAGUACACCGGUCUCAAGAUGGAGCUCGUCCAGUGGGGUGCUCUUGCUGCUCCGGAGCUCGACGCUAAGCUCCAGGGCAAAAACGUCUACUUUGUCGCUGCCACGCUUCGUCCCGAGACCAUGUACGGCCAGACCAACUGCUACGUCGGCCCCACCAUCGAUUACGGCGCUUUCCAGAUCAACGACACGGAUGUUUACAUUUGCACCGAGCGUGCAGCUCGCAAUAUGGCUUUCCAAGGCACCACCAAGGAGCGCGGCCAGGUCCACGCCCUCGCCACCGUCAAGGGUUCGCAGCUCAUCGGUACCAAGAUCAAGGCGCCCUUUGGCCUGUACCCCGAGGUCUACGUCCUGCCCAUGGAGAGCGUACUCGCCACCAAGGGUACCGGUGUCGUCACUUCGGUGCCCUCGGACUCGCCCGACGAUUAUGCUACGCUCAUGGACCUGCGCAAGAAGGCCGAAUACUUCAAGAUUGACCCGCAGUGGGCUGCCUUUGAGCCCAUCCCCGUCAUCCGCACGCCUGCCUACGGUGACAUGACUGCCGAGACACUCGUCAAGCAGCUCAAGAUCCAGAGCGCCAAGGACAAGAACCAGCUUGCCGAGGCCAAGGAGCUCGCCUACAAGGAAGGCUUCUACAACGGCACCAUGCUUGUCGGCACCUACAAGGGUCAGCCCGUCCAGGAGGCCAAGAACAAGGUGCGCGACGAGAUGAUAAAGGCCAACCUCGCUUUCGCCUACGCCGAGCCCGAGGGCAAGAUCAUCAGCCGAAGUGCCGAUGAGUGUGUCGUGGCCCUCUGCGACCAGUGGUACAUGGACUACGGCGAGGAGUCGUGGAAGGCGCAGGCCAGCAAGCUCGUCGCACAGAUGAACACCUUUAGCCCCGAAGUCAAGAACGCCUUUGAGGGCACCUUGGACUGGCUCAAGCAGUGGGCCUGUGCCCGUUCCUACGGUCUCGGCUCCAAGCUGCCCUGGGACCCGCAAUACCUUGUCGAGUCGCUCAGUGACUCCACCAUCUACAUGUCGUACUAUACGGUCGCCCACCACCUCCAAGGCGGUGUCCCUAACGGCAGCAAGGUCGGACCCAUCGGCAUCAAGGCCGAAGAGCUCACGGACGAGAUCUGGGACUACAUUCUCGGCGACGCUGCUUUUCCCACCGACACCACCGUGCCCAAGGAGAAGGCCGAGGUGCUGCGUCGCGAGUUCCGCUACUUCUACCCCUUCGACCUGCGUUCGUCGGGCAAGGAUCUCAUCCCCAACCAUCUUACCUUCUGUGUCUACGUGCACUCGGCUCUCUUCCCCGAGCACCGCUGGCCCCAGGCAAUCCGUGCCAAUGGUCACCUCAUGCUCAACGGCAAGAAGAUGUCCAAGUCGACGGGCAACUCGCUCAGCCUUCGCCAGUCGGUCGAGAAGUUCGGUGCCGAUGCCACGCGUCUGUCGCUCGCCGACGCCGGUGACGGUAUCGAGGAUGCCAACUUUGAGGAGAAGACGGCCAACGCAAACAUCCUGCGUCUCCACACGCUCAUCGAGUGGUGUGCCGAGGUGGUGGCGAACAAGGACAAGCUCCGUUCCGGUGCCAAGGACAGCUUCUGGGACAAGUCGUUCGAGAACCAGAUCAACAACCUCACGCAGCUCACCAACGAGGCCUACGCCAAGGCGCUGUACAAGGAUGCCACCAAGUUUGGCUUCUACGAGCUGCAGACCGCGCGUGACCUGUACCGUGAGGCGACUUCGGACAUCGGCAUGCAUGUCGAUCUUGUGCUCAGGUGGAUCCGAACCCAGGCUCUUCUGAUCACCCCGAUCGCUCCUCACUUUGCCGAGCACGUCUGGCGUAACUCCCUCGGCGAGACCACCUCCAUCCAGACCGCACGCUGGCCCGAGCCGUCGGCGCCUGUCGACAACUCGAUCACCGAAGCGCUCGCCUACGUGUCGGGUACCGUCAAGACGGUGCGCGAUGCCGAGAUCCUGCUCACCAAGAAGUCCAAGGGCAAGCAGGCUGCUGCGACACCUGUCAAGUACAACGAGCGCGCACCCAAGGAGUGCCGCAUGUUUGUCGCCAAGAACUUCCCCGAGUGGCAGGACAAGUGCGUCUCGGUCGUGCAGGCGCACUACGACACUGCCACGGGAAGCUUCGACGACAAGGCGAUCCGCGAACAGCUCGCCAAGGACGGCAUGCUCAAGGACAAGAAGGUGAUGAACUUUAUCGUCACGUUCAAGAAGAGAAUUGCCGAUUUUGGAGCCCAGACCGCCUUCAACCGUCUACUGCCCUUCAAUGAGGUCGAGACGCUCCGCGCGGCUUCGGGCUACUUUAAGAAGAGCAUGAACUUCCAGCAGAUCACCAUUUACAGCAUCGAGGACGACAAGGCGCAGUACGAGGCGCUGGACGUGGACCCCAAGGUUCUCGAGACCGCCGAGCCGGGACAGCCCAGUUUCACGUUCCUGAACAUCGAGGCUUGA